CCGCCGCGCAGCCAAAUUCCACGCCGCGCCCCCCCGUCCGCUCGCGUGGCGCUGCACGCAUCGGCUUCACGUGACGAUGGCGACUUGGCGGUACAAGAACCCGCCCGCGCCCGCCCGCCUUUCUCAGUUUCUUUGCGCGGCGAGCGAGCGAGGCGAGCGAGAGAUGGAGGGGCAGCACGACGGCGAUGGCGGCGGCGUGGCGGCGGAGGCGGACAUCGAGCGGCUCCCCGCCGACCUCCUCGCGCACGUCCUCUUCCUCCUCCCCUCCUUCCGCGACCUGUCCAUGGCGGGGGGAGUGAGCCGGAGGUGGCGCCUUGCGGUGGAGCAGUCGCUGGCGUCCCGGCGGCGGCUGAGCUUCGCGGGGCAGCGGACGGGCGACGACACCGCCGCGCGACUCGUCCGCGCCGCCGUCAACAUCCGCGACCUGGACAUUUCACGAAGCUGCUGGGGCUGCCAAAUUACCGACGAAGGGUUGAUCAAGAUUUCCUCCGCGGAUUGCGUCGGGAAUUUGACGUCCAUAUCGCUGUGGGGAUUGGCCGGGAUCACCGAUAAGGGCGUUGUUCAUCUGGUUUCAAGGGCUUAUUCUUUGAAGCACCUGAAUAUUGGUGGGACAUUUAUCACAGAUGAAUCUUUGUAUGCAGUUGCAAAUAGCUGUACAAAUCUGAAGCUUCCAUGUGCAGAGCAUAAUCCUGUGGAGCUGCCGGUACGUGACAGAGGCCGGGCUGGUGGCGCUGGUGAACAAGUGCCGGAGGCUGGAGUGCAUCAACGUCGGCGGGAUGCGGGUGCCACCGGAGAGCUUCGUCGGCCUGCUCUCCAUCAGCCCCGCCCUGCAGAUCAGGUCCAUCCCGCAGAUCCUCAACGCCAGUGUGCAAGUCUCAUGAAGCAGAAGGAUUACCAAAGCUUGCCAUGGUUCACUGGUAACUGCAUGGAAAGAACUCUUGCUCUGAUAAAAGGAUAUUCACGAAGGGAAUAGAUACGUGCUGUUGUUUGUGUUGGUGCCUUGACACGUUUCUUGAAUUGUUGCCUUGACUAUAUAUCUCGUGGAUAUUACCUGUACAGUCUCAUCAGUGUGCUACACAGAAUAAUAAUUUGUACCACAACAGAUAGUGGCAGGAAAGGCGUGUGUUUUGUGUGCUAUGUAAAGAUACUCUACAAAUUUACGUCUCAAACUGCUGCCAUUCAUUUCGAUGGGUGAUUUGAUUAAAAUAAAUUGGUUAACUAA